AUGGCCCAGUGUUACUUUGACAUCACCAUCGCGGACCAGCCCGCCGGCCGCAUCGUCUUCAAGCUCUACGACGACACUGUCCCCAAGACGGCUCGCAACUUCCGUGAGCUCUGCACUGGGCAGAACGGCUUUGGCUACCAGGGCUCUGGUUUCCACCGCAUCAUCCCCGACUUCAUGCUCCAGGGUGGUGACUUCACCCGCCACAACGGCACUGGCGGCAAGUCGAUCUACGGCGAGAAGUUUGCCGACGAGAACUUCAACUUCAAGCACGACAAGGUCGGCCUCCUCUCCAUGGCCAACGCCGGCAAGAACACGAACGGCUCCCAGUUCUUCAUCACCACCGUGAAGACCCCGUGGCUCGACGGAAAGCACGUCGUCUUCGGCGAGGUUGUUGAGGGCUUCGACCUUGUCAAGAAGAUCGAGGGCUACGGCACCAACUCGGGCUCCCCCAAGGCGAAGAUCUCCAUCUCCGCCUCUGGUACUCUGUAA